AUGAAGAAGUUUUUGCAAAACAAAAAAGGCAGAUACUCUUUUCGGCAGAGCAAACGGGGCUCUCGGUAUCCAUCUAAAGAUUUCUUCCUUAGCAUGCCGACGUCCAACCAGGGCUGGCCUGAGGAUUUUGGCUUCCAGCUCGGUGGGAAUGGACCCAGCUACAUCCUGUCUGUGGAGGAAGGCAGCAGCGCCCAUCUGGCGGGGUUGCAGGCGGGAGACCAGGUCCUGGAGAUCGAGGGCCACAAUGUGUCGACACUGGCUCCACAAGCUGUCAUCGCCAUCGCCCAGACUCAGAAGAACAUCCCUCCCAGUAUUGGAGUGGUGUCCCGCAUACAGCAGUUGGACAUUGUACCAGGUCCAGACGGUCGUUUUGGGUUCACCAUCGUAGGCGACUGCCCCCUACUGGUGGAGGACUGUUCACCUUGCUCUCCAGCUGGCCGCGCAGGCCUGAGGGCCGGUGAUUACGUAAUGGAGGUCAACGGUAUCCCAGUAAGGCAGCACGAGACGGCCGCGGCGCUGAUCAAGGCCUCCCAGGGGAGGACGCUCCGCCUGGGGGUGCUGUGCCUCGGCCAGAGGCAGAAACGCAGCAUCAGCAUAGAGGACAGUCAGAUGGGAGGAGAGAGUGCACGACUGGACCGUAAACAUAAAGCUCUGGAGUUCAACAGGAAGGUUGACCAGAUUUUGGGUGAUGAACCUGAAGUGAAAGAGAAACUCUUCACUGUGCUGAAGCAGUAUGCAGCAGAGAGGAGAGUGGAGUGGUUGGCCUCUGUCCUGCCAGAGAUACUCACCACGGACGAGCAUCGACAGCUCAUCUCCAGCAUCAGAAUCUUCAUUCCGAAGAAGCACCGGCAGCGCUUCGACGAGGCUGUCUCCCAGAAUGUGAUUAACCGGCUCUGCCGCAGCAAGAGCAUCAGCGAGCCGCACGGCAGAGUGCGGCGCAGCCGGAGCGAAGAUCACUCCGAGCGCCACCACGGGUCCAAACGGGCCAGCUCUGUGCCCAGGGAUGGAGGGGAACCCGGAGGGAGGGGUGAGGCAGAGAGAGACAGGGGCUUAAGGAAGUCUGUUUCUGGGAUGCCCGCACACCCCCCCAUCGGACCCAAUCAGAGGAUCGUUCGUGUCUACAGGGGGAAGAAGAACUUUGGCUUCACGCUGCGAGGGCACGCUCCCGUCUGCAUUGACUCGGUUAUUGCAGAUAGUCCUGCUGAGGAAUGUGGACUGAAACCAGGUGACCGUAUCCUGUUCCUCAAUGGCCUGGACAUGAGGAACUGUUCCCAUGAGAAGGUGGUGUCCAUGCUGCAGGGCAGUGGGGCGAUGCCCACUCUGGUGGUGGAAGAGGGUCCUUCAGACUACUCCUCAGACCAAACUGAUGCAGAGGAGUCCUCUAGCCUGGCCCCCACCACGUUACCACGCUCUAGGUCUCCAGCCCUCAGCUCCUUGCAGUGGGUGGCAGAGAUUCUUCCACCAAGCAUCAAGGUCCAUGGACGGACCUUCAGCCAGCAGCUGGAGCACCUGCUGACCAUCCAGGAGAGAUACACAGUCUGCAAGGCCCUGGAGACUUUCUUCCAGCACAGGAACGUGGACACCCUUAUAGUAGAUGUGUUUCCAGUGUUGGACACUCCAGCCAAACAGCUGAUCUGGCAGUUCAUUUACCAGCUACUGACCUACGAUGAACAGGAGCGCUGCCAGAGCAAACUGUCACGCUUCCUGGGUUUCAAGAGCAGUGCGGUGUUAGAGCCUGACAUCGGUUCGGAGCAUCACCGGCGGAGCAGCUCCAUGCGCGUGACGGGGACUUCGUACCGCGGCAGUGUCCGAGAGAGGAGCUCUGACGACUGCAUCAUCGGGACUCACCUGGGAAUGGGAAUUCAUGUCGAUGAAUCUGGGAGCCCGGAGGAGAGGCAGUCAGGAGAUGGAACCUCCUUCCCCGAGUCCCCUGACCUCAGUCAUAUGACAGGUGUGUACACGGAGCUGGAGAAUGUGUACGCAGGGAAGAGUGUGUCUCCACGGCAGGGUGGCUCCUCAGCAGAGCCUGAGAGGCCGGGACAGACUGAGGCCUACGGGCGCUCUCUCUCCCCCCUCACACUCCCCCCUCUCACAGGUAGCCGUAAAUCCGGCCUGUCACUAUCCUGGAAAGAGCCUCUACCCACUCCUGUGUAUGAGAUCCACCACCAGAGCAGCGUGGACUCCAACCCCUACGUCAGCCUGGAGAGCCCCCCCGCCUCCCCGCAGCACUUGGACAGCGGUCCCAACACCCUGACCCGUCGCAAGAAGCUGUUCACCUUCUCCCGCCCGCCCCGUAGCCGGGACACCGACAAGUUCCUAGACGCCCUGAGUGAGCAGCUCGGCCACCGGGUCACUAUAGUGGAUGAUUUCGUACCCGGGGAGAACGACUAUGAGGAGAUAUAUCAAGGUGAUUCUCAUGGUUUCAGAAGAAGAGGUGUGCCUAUGAGUUUCCAGGAGGACCAGGACCUGGGCUUCAUGCCUCGGCAGCUCAGCAGUGGCAGCAGUGAGGACCACAGUAGCAGCGAUGAGGCCUCGUCUCCUUCCUACUCCUCUGGAUCUGAACCGAUCCCACCACCUCCAACCCAGAGUCCUCCACCUCCCCCACCCUUCCAGGCUCUGAUACCCCCUCCCGUCCCGUUUACCGACCCUCUCCCGCCCGUCCGUUUCUCCCCAGAGCACAUCCCCCGCAGCCGGGUGCCCUUCCAGCCACACCACCCUAUCAUCCCUCCACCUCCACCCCCUCCGAGGACCCUCCUGUCCAGCCGCUCUCCUCUACACAAAGUGCUCACCUCCAGAGGAGAAGCAGAGAAAACUCACCAGCGCUUCCAGACCACCUCCACCCGUCUCUCGCACGGCCACAGCACUCUGGGUUCCACUACCCUGCGCUCCUCCCAGCCUUCCCGUCCCAGCUACCUCCCACGCCAGCUUAGCCAGCCCCAGCCUAUCCGCCAACCAUCCCCCCAGCCCUCACCUCAGCUGCUGAGACCGAGCCAGCUUGUCCUCCAGAGGCACCACCAGCUCCAUCACCAACACAGCUACCAGGGCCCACUGCCGUCAGCGCUCCAGGAUCACAGCCCCUCCCAGAGUACAAGUAAAGGCCCCGCAGGCUCCUCACUGAUCUCCCAGCCUCCUGCGUCUCACUCCACCCUCCCCACUGACACUAAGACUUAUGAAACCACACGAAAGGAACACCAGUCACAGCAGGCUCCACCACCUCCGCCUCCACCCCUGCCACCACCCUGUGACCCGCCUCCACUGCCCAAGCCAGGCCACCAAGCCUCAGACACUAACCACAUGAGUGUGAAGAGGCUGCGCUGGGAGCAGGUGGAGAACUCUGAGGGAACCAUUUGGGGUCAGCUCGGUGAGGAUUCAGACUACGACAAGCUCACUGACAUGGUGAAGUACUUGGACCUUGACCUGCACUUUGGGACCCAGCGCAGAUCCAUCUCUCCUCCAGAGCCAGCCUUCCUUCCCGAGAACUUUAAAAAGAAAGACCUGGUGGAGAUUCUGUCUCAUAAGAAAGCCUACAAUGCCUCCAUCCUCAUCGCCCACCUGAAGCUCUCCCCCGCCGAGCUGCGUCAAGUCUUGAUGAACAUGACCACCAACAGGCUGGAGCCAGCCCACAUCAAGCAGCUGCUGCUCUACGCCCCCAACGACGACGAGGUCAAACAGUACGAGCAGUUUGACCAGGACCCGGCCAAACUAAGCGAGCCCGACCAGUUCAUUUUCCAGAUGCUGAUGGUGCCUGAGUAUAAGACUCGUCUGCGGAGCCUCCACUUUAAGAUGACCCUGCAGGAGAAGACGGAGGAGAUGAAGAUUGCAUACGAUUACAUCUACAAGGCUUCAGUGGAGCUGAAGAGCAGCAAGAAACUGGCCAAAAUCCUGGAGUUUGUUCUUGCGAUGGGGAAUUACCUGAACAACGGGCAGCCGAAGAGCAACAGGACAACCAGUUUUAAGAUCAACUUUCUGACUGAGCUAAGCACAACCAAAACUGUAGACGGGAAAUCCACCUUUCUCCACAUUCUGGCCAAGUCUCUGUGCCAACACUUCCCUGAGCUGCUCAACUUUUCCAGAGACCUUACAACAGUGCCUCUGGCUGCCAAGGUGAACCAGAGAGCCAUCACAGCUGAGCUGAGUGACCUUCACACCACCAUCCAAGACAUCAGGACAUCCUGUCUGAAGAUCUCACCCACCUCUGAGGACCACUUUGCUUCUGUCAUGAGCAGCUUUCUGGAGAACAGCCACCCUGCGAUCCAGUCUCUGGAGUCCCUGCAGACCCGAGCAAUGGAGGAGUUUUCCAAGGUGGCCUCCUACUUCGGAGAGGACAGCAAGUCCACCAGCACGGAGGCCUUCUUUGGCAUCUUUGCAGAGUUCAUGUCCAAGUUUGAGAGGGCUCUCAGUGAGACCCAGACUCCAGAAAACCCCAGAAGCCCCAGACUGUCUUCCCCUCUGCCCUGGUAGGAGCGAUGUCAGGCCAAACCAAUGAGGCCUGGUCGGCUCCAUUUUCACUCUGCUCUCCACAACCAAAGUGCCAAGAUCACACACAGAGACACUCAGACCUACGGGAACAGAGACCACGUCAUCUAUAGCAAACGAAAGGAGUGAGAGAAGUAUACUGUACCUGUGUAGAUAAUUAUGACGUGUGCAGCAGUGCUGUUGUUUCAGGUGCUGGGUGGAGCAGGAACAUUCAGGUGUCGGCAGGUCAACAGGAGCUCUCUACACGCUGCAGAGUCAUUAUGUUACUUACAUCUCUUUUUAAUUACAUAGUAAAAAAUAAAUUAGCGAAACCAUCCGUGUACAUUUGGUUGCUUCACUUCAUCUGGAAGCUGCAUUUAAAAU